AUGAAGUUGUUUGGUGCACUCCUCGUCGCGUCCGCUGCCGCCACGAAGCAGUCCGUACGCACGCUCUCCCCUGAUGAGCGCUCCACGUUGCGCGCCGAGUUGAGCAAGUGGCGCCAAGAGUUUGGAGCUGCUGCCGCGGCGCAGGGUGUGCUUCCCCGUGCCUCCGCGAGCUCGGACCCGUUGGAGGCGGAAAACGACGCGCUCCAGCGGUUCUACGACAACAAGCUCGCGAUCGAAGAGGCCCGUCGCAACAACCCCGAAGCCACGUUCGACUACAACCACCCGUUUGCUCUCAUGACACAGGCUGAGUUCAAGAAGUUUGUACGAGGGGCCAACGGAUUAUACAAUAAGCUUUUAGAGAAUCCUGGUGGCACACAAAAACAUACGACACUUCAACAAUCUAUUCUUUCACGACAAUGA